AUGGCUGGCCGUGAUAGUGAUGCUUAUAAUGGAGAACAGCAGCCGCUGCUUCAGAAUGCUCCAAGCCCCUUAUCCUCAAGACCAGACGACAACAAAUAUGAUACGACAGCGACGCUGAGCGAAACGGAAAACGCAGCUGGAGACAUUCAUCCAUCUCGGGCUAUCGAAGAUGACGUACUACCGGAGACGUCCACUCUUGGCCGAACAUUAAGCUGGCAGAGCGCCUACAUCCUCGUAAUAUCCAGAGUCAUCGGCAGCGGCAUAUUCGCGACGCCUGGAGCCAUUCUCCAGUCGGUAGGCAGCCCUGGCCUAGCGUUACUAUUAUGGAUUGUUGGCACGCUGGUUGCAGCCGCCGGUUUGGCCGUGUCUCUUGAGUACGGCUGCAUGUUGCCGCGAUCCGGAGGCGUCAAGGUCUAUCUCGAGUUUACAUAUAGACAUCCACGGCUCUUUGCGACGACGCAAGUCGCCAUCAAUGCAGUGUUUCUGGGGUUUACUGCUAGUAACUGCGUCAUCUUCAGCCGUUACGUGCUCUUUGCGUUUGGCGUGGAAAAUGCAAGUGCGUUGGUAGCGAAAAGCCUAGCUGUUGUUCUUCUGGUCGCCGUUACUGUCAUUCACGCUGUGACUCCAAAAGCGGGUAUCAAAAUACAGGACUUCCUUGGCUGGAUCAAGGUUGGAAUUAUCGUCUUCAUGAUUUUUGCCGGCCUCUAUGUUGUGGUCUUCCAACCAACUCUGGACACCUCAACACACAAAAAUCCGUUAUCAUGGGACCAUCUAUGGGACGACAGUGUUUGGAAUUGGGGCGUUAUGUCGACAUCACUGUUCAAAGUGUUCUAUGCUUACGCCGGAUUGGAUAAUGUUAGCAACGUGUUGAACGAGGUUAAAGACCCUGUACGGACUCUGCGUUCCGUAACACUGACUGCCUUGGCUACUUCAUGUGCCAUGUAUACACUCAUCAACGUGGCGUACUUCAUCGUUGUUCCCAUUGAUGAAAUCAAGGGGAGUGGCGAGCUCAUUGCGGCACUAUUUUUUCAGCGCGUGUUUGGUGAGCAAGUGGGUAGAAAGAUCUUACCGCUUGCCGUUGCUCUUUCAGCAGUGGGAAAUGUUUUUGUUGUUGCGUUUGCAAUGGCACGAUUAAAACAGGAGAUUGCCAGGCAGGGCUUUCUGCCCUUUUCCGAUUUUCUUGCUUCGACGAAGCCUUUCAACUCGCCGUUGGGCGGCCUUAUCGUCAACUUUAUACCUUCAUUUCUUGUGAUUGUGUUACCGCCCACGACGGAAGUAUACUCCUUCAUCCUCGAAGUAGAGGGAUAUCCAGGCCAGGUCUUUACACUUGCCAUGGGUGUUGGCCUUGUCUGGCUACGGUUUAAGCGGCCGGAUCUCAAGAGACCUUAUAAAGCAUGGUUACCUGCUGUUAUACUCCGAGUUAUUUUGAGCGUUGCGCUGCUUGCUGCCCCGUUCUUCCCUCCGAAGGAGAAGCCUUCUGGAGGGCUGUGGUAUGCAACGUAUGCGGUAGUGGGGAUGGGCACCAUCGUGGCGGGCGUCGUGUAUUGGUAUAUUUGGACUAUUCUUCUACCUAAGUGGGGAGGUUACAAGUUGGAAGAAAAGAGCGAAGUACUUGAUGACGGGACGUCUAUUACAAGGCUCGUGCAUAACUAUGAAUGA